UUGGAGCUAUGGCGGCGAUAGAGGAAGAAGGCGCCAGGGCGGCGAUGGAGAUCGUCUUCUACGAUGUUGAGACGACGGUGCCGGAGGUGAAGGGGCAGGGUUAUGAUAUCCUCGAGUUUGGCGCUGUGGUGGUGUCGGCCAGGGGACUGGGGGAGCUCGAUUCCUUCACCACGCUCGUCCGCCCCUCAUCCCUAGCCCUGGUCAGUCCCAGGAGCGUCUCCUGCAAUGGGAUCGUCCAGGACAGCCUCGUCGGAGCUCCAUCGUUCCUGGAGAUCGCCGAUCGCGUCCAUGCUCUGCUUCACGGGCGCGUGUGGGCGGGGCAUAACAUCUUGCGCUUUGACAAUCUCCGGAUCAAGGAGGCUUUCGCGAGCAUUGGAAGGGCUGGGCCGGAAGCCGCUGGCCACAUUGAUACAUUUCCAUUGCUGCGAAAAAGCUUUGGCCAGAGAGCUGGAAAUCUCAAGAUGGCAACUCUAGCAUCUUAUUUCGGGCUUGGCAAGCAAGAACACAGGAGUCUCGCGGACGUCCGUAUGAACAUCGAGGUUCUAAAGCUGUGUGCUACCGUACUCUUCCUGGAAUCCAACUUCCCCGACAUCUUCCCAAUGGAGAGCAUCGUCUCUCCAAAUCAAAACUCGCCUUUUCUCGUCCCCGAGAGGCGCCAGAGCGCCAGGCUCUCGAGCUUGCGAGGAGACGCCUUUAAUUUCAACUUGCUGGCCGUGUCACUGGAGGAGGCGAUCAAACACGACGAUGCGAAUGGACACAAGCUUGAAUCGAGAGAAGAAACCACCAUGAUAUCUGCAACAACAACAAGAACAAUCGAGCAAGCUACAGAACAAGAGAGAGUUUCCGAGGAUUUAAGGAACGACAAGUUCUUACGUCCAGACGAGAUCUUCCUGGACUUUUUAGACGCCACGCACAAUCCCGAUGGGAAGUGGAUCACUCUCCAGCACGCAUCGCAGCAGCUCUGCAUUCGCGAGACAAACGCCCGGGUCAAGUUCAGUGUGAGCGACAGAUUUGCUUACAGCAGCGAUGGCAAGCCAACUUUCAGCAUCGUCAUCGUCCCGACGCCAAAGCUGCUAGCAAUCGCCAAGGAAUGCGAGGUUCUCGUGAAGAAGGUGUCCACUUCCAUGGGGAUCGCUGCUGUGUGGCAGCCGGUGCUGGUUGCCAACGGAACUGGAGACGAAGCACUGCGCAUCAAGAUUGGAACCAGUGGAGAUGGCGAGAGUGCGUCCUACACAACGAAGCUGUUCAAGAAGAAGCAAGAAGAUGGAAGCUUAGAACGAUUGAAUCUACCAAGUGUAGAUCCCAAAACUUUCCAAGAAUCAGUACCUGCUGGCUGUGGCGUGGACGUCGAGCUUCGUUGCGAUGGCUAUGCUUUCCAGGGAGGUAAAGUUGGUCUUCGAUUCUUGGCUGAGCAGCUCUUCAUACUCUGCUGAAACUUUCGUCAAAAACUUCGGGAGAUACUAAUUCUCCGUGUACAAAAAUCUUCGCUGUCCAUAAAAGAAAAAAGACAAUUGUUACAAGCAAA